AUGCCUCCGGCUCGGAGUCUUCGUACGCGGGGUACGAUGAACGAGAACGACGAGAACGGGCCCCAAACGCGUCUGACGCGGGCCAAGGCCGCUGCCAUGUCGGCAGGAGAUGCCCCGGCUGCCAACGCUGCGAAGAAACCCCUUCAGACCAAGAAAGCUGCCACCUCCAUGACCGGCGGAGUCCCCAGAAAACGCGCUGCCCUCGGCGAUGUGAGCAAUGUCAACAAGGCGGACAGUGGUGAGACCAAGGAAGCAAAGAAGCCCGCCGGCAGCAAGGUCGGAUUGACAUCCAAGGCCACGAUGCAGCCAGGUGGCGUUCAGAAACUCAGCCGCACCAACACCACCCGGACUGCCAUGGGCGCCAAGGACGCGAACACCAAGAAGCCUGCCGUCGACGCGAAACGCCCCGGCAGCGGAUCAGGAAUCGGUAGCGCACAGAAGAAGCGGUCAGCCAGCCAAAAGUCGAUACCGGAGAAGACCCUGCAGCAGGAAGAACCCCCACGCAAGAGAGUCGAUGUCGAGAAGCUCGAGGCCAAGAAGGCCGCCACGGAGAAGGCCUCGACCGUGAAGGAGAAGGUUCAGGUCACCGAGGAGGUCGUGGAGAAGGCCGACGCGAACUACGAAGUGGAGAACCUGGACGAGGAAGACCUGGACGACCCUUUGAUGGCGGCCGAGUACGUCGUCGAGAUUUUUGAUUACAUGAGACAGCUCGAACUGGAAACGCUACCCAACCCCGACUACAUUGAGCACCAGCCUGAUCUCGAGUGGAAGAUGCGCGGCAUUCUCGUCGACUGGCUCAUCGAGGUUCACACGCGUUUCCGUCUUCUGCCCGAAACUCUCUUCCUCGCUGUCAACCUCAUCGACCGCUUCCUGUCGGCCGAAGUCGUGGCCCUGGAUCGCCUGCAGUUGGUCGGAGUGGCUGCCAUGUUCAUCGCAUCCAAGUAUGAGGAGGUUCUCUCGCCUCACGUUGCCAACUUCAGCCACGUCGCCGACGAGACCUUCUCGGAUAAGGAGAUCCUCGAUGCCGAACGUCACAUCUUGGCCACCCUCGAAUACAAUAUGAGCUUUCCCAACCCGAUGAACUUCCUGCGUCGCAUCUCGAAGGCCGACAACUACGAUAUCCAGACACGUACUCUUGGAAAAUAUCUGAUGGAGAUCAGCCUUCUGGACCACCGCUUCAUGCAGUACCGCCAGAGUCACGUGUCGGCGGCUGCUAUGUACCUUGCUCGUCUGAUUCUGGAGCGCGGUCCUUGGGACCCCACUCUCGCUCACUAUGCUGGUUACGAUGAAGAAGAGAUCGAGCCCGUCUUCCGUUUAAUGAUCGAUUACCUCCACCGUCCAGUCUGCCACGAAGCCUUCUUCAAGAAAUACGCCAGCAAGAAGUUCCUCAAGGCUUCCAUCCUUACGCGGCAAUGGGCCAAGAAGUACCAUCACCAUUAUAUCGACAGCUCCCUCUCGGAACCUUACAACUACAUCAAGGACCAUGAGUAA